GUUUCAAUCCCUUCUUGCUAGAGAUCACUCAUCUACCUCAAGCGUUUGCUUCAACUGAGCGUCUUCGCUCUUAGUUGCAUCAAAGUUUCAACAUUCAUGUUCAAUAAUUGACCUCCACUUACUUUCAAAUAGUUCUACAAAUAUUUGCAUCACCACAACGCGCUAGGCUAGUUUUCAACCCGACCUCUCUUCCAUUCCUACCUGUGACAAGCGUUGCAGCAUCUUGGAGGUCCCAAUCCUCUUAAGCAUGACAUCUGCAAGCUACGAAACUUCUACUUUUGCUAAUCCUUCGUCCGUAUAUGACAUACGGCGCUCUCUAGGUGGCAGUUUCUCAUCUGCAUACGACUCACCCUAUUCUACUGCACGUCGAAGAUCUCCAUCUCCUGGUCCAUCUUCGAGGAGAUUCUCCCCGUAUGAUAGUUAUAUCCCCCGUGGGGGACCUAGCUAUCGUAGUGAUGAUCAUCCGAACAAUUACAGGCCAAAUGCAUGGAGACCAGAACGCUACAACAGCCGUAGUCCAUCCCCUGAUCGUUAUGACCGGUCUCGUUCUAUGGAACCGCGCUUCUGGGAUUCUGGUUCCCGCUGGCAGUCGUCUUGGCAAGAUCGAAGAUCCUCUCCGAGUCCACCACCUCUACGGGAAAAACUUCGCAGAGAUAUCAUGGCAGAGCGAAUGUUCGAGCCAUCAGACUCCUGGAAGCAAACACACGUCGAUCGAUCCGGCCGAUACGAAGCGUUGGAGCCCCCAAGUCCAAGGUUUCCAGAUUAUCGUGCUCGUCCUGCACGAGAUUACUCUCCCCAGAAGUCACCAGCGUACCCUCCUAUUCAUGGUGAUACUUAUCGUCCUUAUUCUAGUGGUCAAAGCUUUCGAGAACCACACGUAGUCGUUCGGUCAGAUUCAUACCGGCCACAAUAUGAUGAUAGUACCCGGCGGUCACCGCGUUCAGUUGAUAAAUCGAACACAGAUGCUUACUAUCCUCGUCGACCAUCUAGUCAUUAUGAUCACGAUGACACACGGUCUUCGACCUCCAUUGCUAGCACACCGCCUCGCCAUGCCGUUAGCUCUCCUCCCCCAGACCCACAUAUCAUUGAUCGUGACGCUCAGCAUCCUCGAAAUCUUCCGAACCCCCACUUAAAAGAUUGAAGUCGAGAUCUUCAUCCCGAUCAUCUGCUUCUUCUCGACCUGAUAAAUCUACUAUCUC